GAUAGAUAGAUAGAUGAGCGUUUCACACAAACUGAAUUCAAUUUUGAUCAACUUUCUCUCUCCCUCUCUGUCACCACUUCUUAGCUACCUAGCUUCCAGAUCAGAUCAUUAAAUGACAUUUUUUUCUGUAGUGCAACGUAUGUGAGCAUAAUAUAAUUAUGUGUUUGUUUGUGUAUAUAUAACGACCCUUUCACUGCACCGACUCCACCAUCAAACUCACUUUGCAUGCAGGCUUAAUUAACUAGCUUGCCUGCUCUGAUCCUCUCUAAGUGCACUCCUCAGAUGGGGCUCGUUCCUCGGCCCCUGCGCCGCAGCCGCAGCGGAACCCUCCUCCACGUCGUCCUCCUCCUCGGAUUCUUGUUCCUCGGCUUCUGCUACGGUGACGACGGCAACACUGUCAAUGUUGUUGGGUUUGGAGAAUGCUCUGACUGUAAGGACUAUAACAUCAAGACCAGUCAUGCCUUUUCAGGGCUUCGGGUGACGAUCGAUUGCAAGGUCGGUGGCGGGGAGAAGAAUGGAGGAGGGAUGCAGAGGAUGGGAGAAGGAGAGCUGGAUAAAGAUGGCAAGUUCCAAGUGUCAUUGCCAAAGGAGAUGGUGAAGGGGGAUGGGGAGUUGAAGCAGGACUGCUAUGCUCAACUCCACAGUGCAUCUUCUACCCCAUGCCCUGCCCACAAUGGCAUUCAGGCUUCCAAGAUUGUUGCUGCUUCUAAGAAGAAAACACCUGCGGCGGCGUUUGAGCCGGCUGAGAACCUCAAGUUCUCGACUGCCUUUUGCACCUCGGCUUUCUUGUGGCCCUACUUCAAGUUCCCCCCCAUGCCUGACCUCCCACCCUUCCCUAGCAUCGAUCCCUGGAAGAAGCAUUUUCCUAAGGUUUCCUUCCCGCCUUUGAAGCACUUUGGCCACCCUUUCCCCCUCCCAUUCCCACCCUUCACCAAGCCACUCCCACCUCCCGUUUCCGUGCCCGAGCCUGAGCCACCCGUUGACAACCCACCUCCAACUCCUGUCUACAAACCGGAACCCAAGCCAGAAACCAAGCCACCCGUUUAUAUUCCACCAGUCAACCCACCUCCAGUUCCUGUCUACAAACCAGAACCCAAGCCACCCGUUUAUAUUCCACCAGUUGUAAAGCCAAUCCCGCCUCCAGUUCCUGAAUACAAGCCGAAGCCCAAGCCACCUGUUUAUAUUCCACCUGUAAUUAAGCCCAUUCCGCCUGUUCCUGAAUACAAGCCAAAACCUAAGCCCCCGGUUUAUAUUCCACCUGUAGUUAAGCCAAUCCCACCUCCAGUUCCUGAAUACAAGCCAAAGCCCAAGCCACCGGUUUAUGUUCCACCUGUUGUCAAGCCACUCCCACCUCCAGUUCCUGAAUACAAGCCCAAGCCUAAACCACCCGUUUAUGUUCCACCGGUAGUUAAGCCGAACCCUCCUCCAGUCCCUGAAUACAAGCCAAAGCCCAAGCCACCCGUUUAUAUUCCACCUGUAGUUAAGCCAAUCCCACCUCCAGUUCCUGAAUACAAGCCGAAGCCUAAGCCACCGGUUUAUGUUCCACCGGUAGUUAAGCCAAACCCUCCUCCAGUCCCUGAAUACAAGCCAAAGCCUAAGCCACCGGUUUAUAUUCCACCUGUGAUUAAGCCGGUUCCACAUCCAGCUCCUGAAUACAAGCCCAAGCCCAAGCCCAAGCCACCAGUUUAUAUCCCACCCGUGAUUAAGCCGGUUCCACACCCAGUUCCUGAAUACAAGCCAAAACCCAACCCAUCUGUUCCUAUAUACAAGCCGAAGCCUCCGGUUUAUAUUCCACCCAUAAAGCCACUCCCACCAUCGAUUCCUGUAUACAAGCCAAAGCCAAAGCCACCCGUUUACAUUCCACCUGUAGUGUCACUUCCACCUCCAGUUCCAACAUACCACCCAAAACCAAAACCACCAGUAUACAUUCCACCCAUAAAGCCACUUCCACCACAAGUCCCAAUAUACAAGCCUAAGCCACCCGUUUAUAUUCCACCUAUAGUAAAGCCACUCCCACCCGUGGUUCCCAUCUACAAGCCAAAACCAAAGCCGCCGAUUUACAUCCCUCCAAUAAUAGUAAAGCCAUUGCCUCCUCCCGUUCCUAUCUACAAACCAAUACCAAAGCCACCUGUUUACAUCCCUCCAAUAAUAGUAAAGCCAUUGCCUCCUCCCAUUCCCAUCUACAAGCCAAUACCAAAGCCACCUGUUUACAUUCCUCCCAUAGAAAAGCCAUUUCCUCCUUCAAUCCCCAUCUACUACAAACCAAUCCCAAAAACACCCAUCUACAUUCCUCCAAUUGUAGAAAAGCCAUUGCCACCAAUACUAAAGAAGCCAUUCCCAACAUUGCCGCCAAUACUAAAGAAACCGUUCCCAACAUUGCCACCAAUACUAAAGAAACCGUUCCCAACUCUUCCCCCUUUUUACAAACACCCACUCUUCCCCCCUCUGCCCCCUCACGUUGCCCAACCUUAAUAAAACCGUGAAUCUUGAGCUCCAUUCAACUGAGUGUCAAAUCUCCUUGCUGUUUUAGAUUCAUCUAUAUACUAGUAUAUGUUUAUUCGUGCAAUGACUUAGCUGGCUCAGCCUCUCGUCGUGGGAACUUUUGUUUGUGCAAUAAAAAGUGCAGAAGUGAAUGGAUCAAAGGCCACUGACCAAUUUGAAGAAAGAAAAUGAAGGAUGAGGCUAGCCAGCGGGUGCAUAUUAGUUAAAAUUGCUUUUGUUUAUUUGUCUGAUGAGAUUUAGCCGCCUUGGUUUGAUGGCCUUGUUUAAGUUUGUAAAGUGAAAGUGUAUUACUGCUGUUUCAGUUUCAGUGUUGUAUAAGUUCAUUGUUACAAAUAAUUUCAUACUGUAUUUUGCUUCUUUGAUGAUGACUUCCCAAAGUUAAACAAUUGGAAUAUGCAGAAGUGACUUGUUUCAUGCCUUCAUGCUUUACAAUGCAUAUGCACUCGCCCGCACUGGUUUGAAAGAAUGCCUGUUUUGUUUCAUAAAUGGUUCUGGUUUAA